AUGGCAAGUUUAUUUUGGAAUAUCGCCGAUGUUCUGCAAGAAGCCUCGCUAAAUUGCUCUCUGGAUAGCUUGCACAAAGAUGCCUUGGCUCAGCUCAUUGCAGGCAUGGAGGCAGAACAGCUCCCUUCAGAUCCUUCCCAGUGCAGCAACCCUUUUCCGUGGCAGAUUGCUGCCGUGUACUUCGACAUUGCCAGCCAGCUUGAGUUGGUGGAACCCCAUGUUCCGGGCGAGCCGGAAGGGGCCCGAGCUGCAGCUGGCGUAUUGCAUGCAGUUUACCAGGAGUUCCAGACGACCGAUAUCGCUUCCCGUCCGCCGUCGCAUUCAAGUGACCUACAAGAGCCAUGCAUUGCGGGGCGAGCGACUCUCUGUGCACACCUGCGAAGCAUCCUGGUGCAGGCUACUUGGGAUGGGCGCUUGCAAGAAGAGCUGGGGCGCGUGGACACAGACUUCCCUGUUGACAAGUCGAGUAAACCGGGCAUUUCGAAGCCGGUGCUACCAGUAGGCAGCUGCACAGGCACAGUCUCACAACUCUACGAGCAUGACCAACCAAACGGCUCAGCGAUGAGUUCAGACUCCAUGCGAAACGAGCAACACCUGCCAUCUAGUCCUUCAAGUCCAGUGGCCGUGCGGCGGUCUGCUUCCAGGUACGAGGCGAGAAGCAGUGCCACGUUGAUAGAGAAGCAAGUCUCACAUCAUCUUCCUGACCUCAGUGACUUAUGCGAUGUUGCAGAGUGUGCUUCUUUUUCUGUGGAACAACUGGAGCACGCCCGCGUUUUCGAACUUUGUGAUGCACAAGACGGCUGGACCCCUGCCUAUUCCCAAGCAUCGCCGCCUGCAGCCCAGCCCGCCUUGCAAAAGCUGCGGCCAUGGGAAGCCAAUUCCUCUCACAGGGCGGAUGCUCUUAUACGGCACUUGGACGAGGUCGGUCGAGGACAGGGUACGGCUGGUGUCGAAAGAUGCCUGUAUGCCGAUGGCGUGUUGCCUCUGUCGAAGGAGUCGUCACCGAAUGAAGGUACUGUGCGAAUGCUCACAGAAAAGAUGACGCAGGAAGGGCCUUGUGCUGGGCAGACCAGUUCAAGCCGAGACAAAGCUAUGACUUCUUCGUUGCUAUCGCUUGCACGUCCUGCGGAGCGACAAGAUGCCCAGCAGCGGAAACAAGCACCUCGGACACCAAAGGGUAUUCAGCAAAACGCUCGCGAACGGCAAGCUGGGCUUGACAAAGCACUGAAAAGUUCUUCUUUGCCACCAGAACCCUCCGUCAAGCUGCCUCAAGUGGUUCAGUGCAGAGGUUCCCAGAAGCCAUCAAGCCUUGCUGCAGGAAUCUACGCACAGUCCUUCAAGAAAGUGUCUUCCAAUGCCGCAGACAAGCGCAGGCUGCACAGGCGAUUUUCUGGACAGGCUUGGCAGAUUCCAGUCGGAGCCAAAGCCAUGGCUGAGCCCCGGACGUUGCCAGCACGUCUUGCACUGGCGGAAGCAAUCGGCUCCAAGCGCGAUCCGCUCACACUGCCUAAGGAGUGCUACACAUCCUUUGUCAUGCCGAAGGGAAAGCCCUCGUGUGGGCUGGUUUGGAUGCACGGCCUCGGAGAUGAUGAGUCGGGCUGGGCAGAUGCACUGGAGGAUAGUUUCGACCUGAGGGGCUUGAAAUCAGGCGGGUCCUGCCGGUUUAUUCUGCCACGUGCCCCCAGACAGCGAGUUACGUGCAACGGCGGUGAAACGAUGACGAGCUGGUUUGAUUUUCUGAAGUUGCCGCUUUCUGCUUCCGAUGCUGACAAAUCUGACAACCUGGGCUGCUCACUGGAGGAGGCUGUCGCGUCGUGCGGCCGCGUCCACGCAGCCAUAGACACACUUGUCGGUGAAGGCAUCCCCGCAGAGCGAAUCGUGGUGGGUGGCUUCUCACAGGGUGGCGCCAUGGCACCUUGGACUUUGCCUUUUCCAAAGCCUCCUCAACUGCUAUCUCUGAAGUGCAGCUGCAUUCACCUGUGCGCGAUGCUGUUUCAAGCAAGGCACUGCUCUCAACGCUCACUUAUCCACAACGCUUGGGCGGUGUCAUCGCGCCUCGUCAUCUUGAUAGUCUUCAGCGGCUUGUGCUUUUUCGGGGAGCAUGUGGCGAAAUUGGUUGAUACUCCACAGUGCCGCGAAUUGAAGGUCUUCUGGGGGCACGGAAACAGGGACAAGGUCCUCCACCCAAGCCUCCAAGAUAUGGGCGUGGAAGCGCUGAGACGUGCAGGAGUAUCGGUGGUGGCUACGAAGUACGAGGUCGAUCAUGGCAAUACGCAGCAAGAGAUGGAUGACGCCGCGGCAUUCUUUGCAUCUGUUGUAGGAGCUGAGCAGCUCUCGCUGCUUUGCCAAAAAAGGAUGCAGCCACUGGUCUACUUGGCUGUUCGAGGAUGGCUCGGAUGGAUUCAGUUCGUGGAAAGAUCUAAAAGGGCCUUUUUGAACAGCUCUUUGGUUCUAGUUGCCGCUGGAGCUGUUCACUGCUGGGCAGUGGUUUACUCUCUCUUCGUCGCAGUGCACACUCGAGCCAUGCGUCAUUCCGGGUAUCACCAGGGCAACGCAGAACAGCUUCCCCAGUCUGUCGCGUUGACAGAAACUUUGGCUGUCAGCUCUCUUUGGGUUUGGCUUAUUGCGGGCUUCACGACCGCGGCCGUUCGCAUGCUGGAUGAAGAUGCCGAUGGACUUCCAUUAGGAAUGGAAGACCUGAAAUGGGGGCCGAUUCUGCGUUUCAUCCGCUCGCCCUUCCUACAUAGUGCUCUUGGGCAUGCCCAUUCAGUCAGCUGCGUGGGCUUAUUUGUCAGCAUCAUCUUUCUGUGCGCAACAAUGGCUGCUAUGAAAGGCGGUAUUACAGUCUGCGAGUCCUGCCUGGCUAUUGUGGCGAUCGGAUUUGCGGUGCCACAUAUGGUGCUAGCCGGCAGGCGACUGAGUGAGUCAGUUGAUCGUGCUUUAUCCGAAGUACUACCAGCAGACAGUUUUGAAGCGGCUGCAGCAGAGGCUGCCGCUGCCGGACCUCAACUGUGCGUGAUCCUGUCCCUGGCAGAUGCACCAGGACAUGCGUAUUGGUGGCAGAAUAUUGUGUACACCAUGGCAUCUAUGGCUUUUGUAGCUGCUGUGGUUGCUUGCGGUCGCUCUCCUUCGAAAUCUGCAAACGUUCCUUUGCCACCUGAGAAAGCCGAGACGCUGGUCUGCCUGCUGCUUGAUGCGAUGACCGCACUUUGCAUCGUCUUAUCUUAUCCUCACCUCAACACCUGGCUCUUGCGAAUUGCCGUGGUGGCUGUCAUCGCUUGUGCUGUGGCUGCGCAGCACAGCCCCGUGCGGGAAAUUUAUUUGGAUUGGCUCGAGCCCAUCUUCGUCAUACGAAGUGACUCGCACAAGCGCUUACCUCAUGGGCAACGACAGCUUCUUCGACAGAUUGCUUGGGUCGCUAGCAUCCUUUGUGCCACUGUGGCGCUCUGGGACAUCGCGCUCCAUCCGUUGGCAGCUGCACAGGGCAAAGGGGCUGAGAUGGCUGGCCAGGCCAUCAAGACUGAGUGA